ACGAGGCCACGUGGCAUCACCGCAGUUUUCCAUUCUUUUUUUCUUUCCCGCCAUGGCGAACAUGGGUGUAACGACUGCCGCAUCGACGGCUGUGAGCGCGGGAUCGGGAUCGGCGACGGCGACGAUCGUUGCCGCCGCCKCCGUCCAGCAUUCAUCUGGGGGGGGGAAUGAGAAACGCGCGUGGCUCUCUUCACAAUCGAACACAGCAGGAUUGGCUGCAUUGGGGAUUGACAUCUGCGACCGCAGCAGCAAGCACGAAGGUUAUGGCCGACGAGAAUGGGGAGUUCACCUGCGUUCUGUUUUCUAUGGCGAAGGGAUUGAUCAGGAAAGAACAAAGCGGUUUGGAAUCAAGUCAAGGCACAUUGACCUGCACAGAAACACAUUGCGAGACCGCGUUGCAUCUUCAAAAAAGGUUUUCCCAAAAUGGUUUUGCAAGACAGCACCGGUGGAAAUUCUUCGUGACGCAAGGUGCAUGGAUGAAGUGUAUGAUGCUCUUGCAAAGCGACUACUGGAAGCAGCGCUGAGAACGCCUCCAAAAAAGAAGCAGAUGGUUGCACUUGCUGGCACGCCUGGUGCUGGCAAAUCUACAGUAGCAAAUGCGGUGUGCGAUCGGCUGAACCUCUUAGCGGCAUCACAUCCCGCCCUCCAAAAGGGCGAGGUGGGAGGUGGGAAUCCAGGGAAGGUACAACAAGGCAGUGAUAUUGCAAUUGCUCUCCCCAUGGACGGUUUCCAUUUGUACAGGUGGCAGCUAGACAAGAUGGAGGAUCCCCAAGAAGCACAUGCUCGGCGAGGAGCACCUUGGACUUUCAACCCACGCGGUCUUGUCGACUGUCUGAAGAAGAUAAGACAAGAGGGUGAAGGCUAUCUUCCAUCAUUUGAUCAUGGUGUAGGAGACCCGAUUGAAGAGGACAUCUUCGUUGCACCUCAGUAAGAUAUCCUGCCCCCCACCGCCU